AUUUUUUAUUCUUUCUUGAAUUUGUAAGAUUGUCAGGAGUAGAUUUAAUUCUAUUGAUUCCUCCACAAAAUCAGCAAUUUCCCUUGUAAUUUUAUUAUUUAAUAACCUUUCUGUCUUCGUCUUAACAUUACAGCGGUCUGAUAAUUCACAUCCAUAUGAAAUGCAGCUUCUUUGACACUAUAUCCGUCUUCAAUAACUUUUUUAUGUGGCAUUGUCUCUUUUUACUUGAAAUUAAAUAGUUAUUUUCUAUUCAUCUCUGGCAUGUAAGGAUUAUGAAAAUUUUUCAAGAAACUCUGGUUAUUUCAAAAAUCGCAGAAAAUUUUAAAAAUAUUUUUGGUUAUUUGAAAUUUUAAAAAGACGAGUUGAAAUACUAUAGAAGAAUUCAGCAACUAUUUGCAUAGAAACAAUGUAUGCUGGAAAAUCAGUUUAAUGUCUUCUGAGUUUGCGAAAAGAGCAGGUCUUGAUGGCGUCGCGUAUAUAUUGGCCAUGCGUUUUCGUGUUUUCCAGUUAUUUGCACUCACUCCAAUCUUCGUUAUUUGCACUCCAUUGUUUUUUUUCUCUCAAGAAUCAGAGAAUGAAUUUCGACGGAUCACAAUAGCUAAUCUUGGAAUAACAGAUGUUUCAAGAGGAUGGAUAUUAUACACCAUUAUUAUCAUAUGUAUAAUAUUAUAUUUUAUGGUGACUGGAUUAUGCUUAACCGAAGCAUACAUCUGGCCAAGAAAAUUGAAAAUAUGUAAUAGUUGGAAAACAUUACCUUUGAAUAAUGAUAAUAACAAUAAUAGUGGCAGUAGUGAUGAACACCAAAAACCUAAUUCAUCGUUGACUAACGGUGGUAGAGAACAAAUUAGUCAAGGGGAACAAAAAGCCAUAAAUAUCUCGCAUAGUGAUGAUGAUAAUGACGAUGAUUGUGAAUGUGAUCGUAUUAAUGAGAUACCAAAUGUACUCAUGUUAACAGGUGUCCCAACUAGCACUACAGUCAAAUCAUUUGUAAAAAGAAUAACAGAAUUCUUCAAAAUUAAUCAUCCAGAAUUGAAGGUAAAAUGGAUUGAACCAGUUUAUUUAGUUCGAAAUUUGACGGAACUUGAACAAGCAAAAGCUGAAACAGAGAUUUAUCUACGCGCUUCAGUUGAACAAUUAGAAAUAACUGGCGAACAACCAUCCUAUCAUAAUUUCGGUACUAUUUGUCAAACACUAGCUACGAGUAAAUCAGACGCCAAUGCAAUUGUAGUGUAUAAUGAACAAUUAGAUGUGCUUGCAACACAAAUCAACACUAUAUAUGCAAUCAGUGGCCUAUCGAACAUUGAACUUUUGAUGAAAGAAAAUCCAGGAAAGAAUCUUACUGAUUUACUCGAUAUACCGCAUACAGGAAUUGUUUUUAUCGGUCUAGAAAAUUCAGGACAAGUUCUAAGAUUUCUGUCUUCAUACACAACUUGUCCGCUUCAAAUAUUUCCAAUCAACAAUACUAUACAUAUACAAAACUAUUGUAAACAGCAUCGUCCUUGGCGUAAUUUAUACUAUAUUAAGAAACCAAACCGAUCUAAUCUAUUCAAUCAUGCUUAUUUAGCUCCACCAUCAUCAGAUUUGUUGUGGCUGAAUAUAACUUCCACAACAUAUCAUGGAUGUCAAUGGUGGUUACGUGUAGUUUGGAUUCGUGUAGCUGUUGUUUUGUUGGCAUUCGUCUUAACAUCACCUGUUUAUAUACUUACUAUUGUAAAUUUUGCUGGAUUAUUCGACUGGUUGGGUAGAAUUUCGCGUCCAUUUAUUUCUAAAUGGGUCCCGGCAGCAAUUUUAGCAGGUGUCUCAUCACUUCUAACACGUCUAGUGAUCAUUAGUGAAUAUUGGACGAGACAUAAGACACGUGGAGGUUUAGAAAGUGUUAUCUACCGAAAUGCUUAUUGGUUCUUAUUUAUUACAGUGUUAUUAUUACCUUCUCUUGGAAUAACAGGUUUUCCAGCUCUGUUACAUCAACUUAUAACAACUAAAGUGAAUCAUUCAAAUCCAUUUGCUUUUUAUGUACCAUUUCGAACAGAAUGUAUAUUUUUACCAGACAGUGGUGCAUUGUUCAUCAAUUAUGUAGUAACAUGUGCACUACUUGGAACGGGUCUACGAAUUCUACGUUUGGGUCAUAUUUUUCAAAGUUUGAUUAGACGACACUUUUACGCUCAUACUGUGGCAGAAAGAAAAGUUUUCUCUGAACCUCAACCGGAAGUAUUCGCAUUUGGAGAAAACUAUGCAUUUCUGUCAGUUGUUCAUACAAUUAUUAUUGCUUACACACCAGUGUGUCCAAUCAUCUACGUCUUUGGUCUAUUGUAUUUUCUAUUUAAAUUUCUUAUCGAUAAAUUUAUGCUUGUAUGGAUUCAUGAGCCAUUGCAAUCAGAUAUAUAUGGUUGGACCGAAACCGACAAAAAGAAUUAUCAAUAUAUUUAUCAUUUGAAAUGGUUUCUUCAAUCAACUCGAUUUAGUUUAUCUGGAGUUUGUAUGGCAUCUAUCAAUGUGUUUGCUUUUUAUUCACUACGAUGGUCUUCUGUAGAAUUACGCCCACUGAUCAUUGCUUAUUUCGUUUUGACUAUGGUUACGAUUGUAAUAUCUGUGAUAUUUUCUGCCUUUGUCAAAUAUCAUUUAUCUUCUCUUAUAUGCCCUGUUUCUGUAUGCAGAAAAUAUUCCAGUCAUUAUCGUAAAUUAAUUGACUAUAAUCAAAACAAAAUGAUCUCCAGCUCAGUUAUAUGCACUUGCCCUAAAUUAUACCUUGAUACCUCUAGAACUGAAAGUGAUUACACAGUUCCUGUUUUACGUAAGUUUAAAUUGUGAGAAAAUUCAUAUCUAUCAAGAUACAUUUUAGCAAUCUUAUAAACAGAAAAAACUAAACUUAUGCUUUGGUUCUGAUUGUUACUUUUUGUAUAUUGAAAUGUAAUUUACCGUUCUACAACAGACCAUACUAACUUCAUUGUUAUGUUUUCCAUAUCUUAUUUUUAAUACUUUUUUUUCAUAUUGAACAUAGAGUCAAGGGAUUUAAUCAAAUUAUAUGAAUAUAAAACAAUAAUUUUUCCGAUUAUCAAUCUUCUUACCGCUUUCAAAUGGGCAUUGUUUUGACACUAAAAUCAAUAGGCAAUCUCACAAUAAAAAGAUUUUAUGAUUUGUCAAGUUCUUUUAAUAAGUGUAAAAUUCAUAAUAAAAUAUAAUUCAAAUGUAUUUAUC